UUUCCACAUCAUACAGAGAGAGGGGGGUUUUAAUAAAUUAAAAUAAUAAUAAGUAAAUAAAUAAAUAGCAGAUAUUCGUGUGUAUUAAUUAGAUCCUCUUGUAUGAUUAGAUAUAUAUAAUCUGAUUGUAGUAGUUAUGUUCUGUGUGUUUAAUAUUAAAAAUAAAGUCAGAAGAGAGAAAUAAUAAUAAUAAUAAUAGGUGAUAAUUAUUGUGAAAUUUGGAGGGAAAAAUUAGGGAUUGAUGGUGUUCGAUUGUGGUGGAUCGUGUUAGUGAAGAAGGGGAUGACAGCCAAGCGAAGAGGAAGAAACGUUCAAGAGCUAUAUAAUGCGACGGACAUAAUUGGGGAAACAAAGGCAUGCGAGGGCCAUUAGACGAAACUCAGAAGAAGUGCAUGGAAUCAUCACAGGUUGAAAAAGGAUUAGGCAAACCUUCCAUGAGACGGAAAGUUCAUACCAGCGCUGAGUCUGGGACCUGUAAUGUGUGCUCUGCUCCCUGUUCAUCUUGUAGGCAUCUUAAGCCAGCCUGUAUGGGAUCAAAGGGUGAUGAGUUUUCUGAUGAAACCUGUCGUGUAACUGCAUCAAGUCAGUAUUCUAAUAAUGAUGGUGAUGGUUUAGUCUCGUUUAAAAGUAGAGCACGUGACAGCUUACAGCAUACCACCAGUGAAGCAAGCAACCUGCUCAGUGUUAGUUCAAGUCAUGAUUCUCUGUCUGAAAAUGCAGAAAGUAAAGUAAACAGAAAGUCAUCUGAUGCUGAUGCGUCAGCUGAGUCUCUGAUGCGUCUGAAGAUGUCCUCUGGUAGAGCCAUUGCAGAGGAUCAGUUUUCUCCAAAAGCAGAGAGUUUUCCAGAUCAGAAAACUUUCUCAAAGAACAAUGUGGAUUCUAAAUCUGAAGAGGGCCAUGAUGAUAACAUGUCAUGUGUUAGUAGAGCUAAUGAUGCAAGCAAAGUGGUUGGUUAUUAUAACAAGAAUUUAGACAUGAAAAAUUGUUUGCACAGUUCAGCUUUAGAAGUGGAAGGAUCUGGAAAGGCACCAUUUUCUCAUAAAUCAGGUUCAUUUGAGACUCCUUCAAAUGAUGUUGAUGCUUGCAGUAGCUCACCAAAGGUCCAGACUAAGUGCCUUUCCUCUAAUUCAAAUGGGAAACAUUUAGAUGAAGAUCCAGCUUUACAUGACCAUGGAAAACGGUUUGAAUGUCCAACAGAACAAGUCAAUCUAUCAUUGUCAAAAGAAGCAUCAGCUAAUAUUGAUUGUGUUGGCAACUUGGCUGCACACAACAUUUCUGAUAACAAUGCAAAUGGUAAAAGUACCCUCAAUGCAGAUAGUUCCGAGGUUUCAUGUAAAAUCAAUUCAAAGUUAGAAUUAGAGGCAGACAAAGAUAGUGGGGACCAAGCAGAUGAGGGUUUUAAAUGUUCUGACCAAGUUGAACGAAAAGAGAAGUUGAAUGAGUCAGAUGAAUUAGCAGAUAUGCAGGAGCCUACGUUGCAAUCUGCAUCUGGGGAUGAGAGUGACGAGUCUGAAAUUCUGGAACAUGAUGUAAAAGUGUGUGAUAUUUGCGGGGAUGCAGGUCGGGAGGAUUUUCUUGCUAUAUGUAGUAGGUGCGCAGAUGGUGCAGAACACAUCUAUUGUAUGCGAGAGAUGCUUCAGAAACUUCCUGAAGGUGACUGGUUGUGUGAAGAAUGCAAGUUGGCUGAAGAAGCUGAAAAUCAAAAGCAAGAUGCUGAGGAAAAAAGGAUGAAUGUAGCAAGUACUCAGAGCUCUGGCAAGAGACAUGCAGAACACAUGGAGCUGGCUUUGGCACCCAAAAGGCAGGCAACUGAAACAAGUUUGGCAUCACCCAAGUCAUGCAGUCCUAGCAGAAUAGCUGCAGUGUCUCGGGAUACUUCAUUCAAGAGCUUAGAUAAAGGAAAAGUAAAGAUAGCUCAUCAAACAUCUUUUGGCAAUCGCUCCAAUAUUGAUCUUCCGGAAAUUGCGCGCCCUUCUGUGAAUGGUCCACAUGUUCAAACUCCCAAGGGGGCCUUACUGAAGUCCAAUUCGUUCAACACCUUAAAUUCCAAAAUGAAAGUGAAGCUUGUCGAUGAAGUUCCUCAAAAGCAUAAGGGCGCUAGAGAGAGUUCUCUUGAUAUGAAGGAGGGGACUGCUAGAAUGAUGAGGAAAAGUAUGUCAUUUAAAUCUGCGAGCUCGGGCCGAUCCAGCACUAAUGAGUUGAAAGUUAAAAUGCUUUCAUCCAAAUUCUCUCACAUUCAAGAUUCAAGAGGAUUGAAACAGGUGAAAGACCGGGAUGCUGUUGAUAGAAAAAAAUUGUUGAGAUUGGGUCGCCCUCCAGGUAGUUCAAUGACAAGUAGUGCUGUUGUUUCAACACCUAAGGUCGAUCAAGGGUUCACUCGUGGUGAAAGUGUCAUAGCAUCAUCCACAGGCAACAACAGAGAGUUGAAGUCCGCACAAUCUAAUGGAAAAUUGGGUACCCUAUCAAGAUCAACUAGCAGUGCAGGUUGUAAAGGUGCAGAUACUCCAGUUACUUCAGUUCAAGCCUCAUCUAAAAAUGGAAUAAGCAGUAAUUCUGCGGAACAAAAAUUGAACCAAAUUAACCCCAAGGAUGAACCGUCAUCCAGUUCUUGGAAUGCUGCCAGUAAUGCUACUGAAAAUUUGCAAGAUGGCCUUCCUCGAUCACGGGAAUCAUCAAAUCAAGGUGAAAAGGCUAGGGAAAAUUCUCUCAGUCGCUUGAGACCUGCUGGCAUCACUGGGUUGAAAAAUGUCACAUGUCAAAAGUGCAAGGAAAUUUGUCAUGCUACAGAAAAUUGCACUGUUGUUAGUCCUUUGGCUUCGGGUACAGAUGUAUCUGCUUCUAGAAUUCCUAAAGAGGAGAUGAGCAAAGGUAGAAAAUUGAAAGCUGCAAUAGAGGCUGCUGCUAUGCUUAAGAAGCCUGGAAUAUACAGAAAGAAGAAAGAAAUUGAUCAAUCCGAUGGGUUGUCCUCGUCAAAUGUGGAUGAAAGUGGCGAGAUAGCUUCUCAAGAUCAGCUCUCAGUUCUAAAUAAGAUGAGUGAAGGAACAGAUGAAGGGCAAGCAAACAUCAGUGCUUCUUCCUCGGAUUUUUGCAAAUCGACAAUUAUUAAUAAUGUGAAGCAGCUUAAUGAGCACUCCAAUGAUGCUGUUUGUCCUUUUAAGGUGGGGUCAGAUUCUAUCGCCCCUUAUUUGGGAAAGCCUGUUCAUGAUUCAGCAGAAAAGUCUGUCCUUACAAAGAUGGGCUCAGACUCCACUUCCCCUUACUUGGGAAAGCCUGUUCAUGCUUCUUCUUCUGAGUUCUGCAAAUCAACAAAUAUUAGUAAUGUGAAGCAGCUUAAUGAGCACUCCAAUGAUGCUGUUUGUCCUUUCAAGGUGGGGUCAGAUUCUAUCGCCCCUUAUUUGGGAAAGCCUGUUCAUGAUUCAGUAGAAAAGUCUGUCCUUACAAAGAUGGGCUCAGACUCCACUUCCCCUUACUUGGGAAAGCCUGUUCAAGCUUCUUCCUCUGAGUUCUGCAAAUCAACAAAUAUUAGUAAUGUGAAGCAGCUUAAUGAGCACUCCAAUGAUGCUGUUUGUCCUUUCAAGGUUGGGUCAGAUUCCAUUGCCCCUUAUUUAAAGUCUGUUCAUGCUUCAGCAGAGAAGUCUGUCCUUGCAAAGAUGUCAGCUAUCCCAGAGCAUGAAUAUAUCUGGCAGGGGGUGUUUGAAGUGCAUAGAGCUGAAAAGGUUAUUGACUUGUAUGAUGGAAUUCAAGCACAUCUAUCUACUUGUGCAUCUCCUAAAGUCCUUGAUGUGGUUAGCAAAUUCCCCCAGAAAAUUAAGUUGGAUGAAGUACCUUGCAUAAGCACAUGGCCGAGACAAUUCCUUGUCACUGGUGUCAAAGAGGAAAAUAUUGCUCUUUACUUCUUUGCAAAGAAUUUUGAAAGUUAUGAGAACUACAAGAGAUUGUUAGACAACAUGAUUAAAAAGGAUUUGGCCCUCAAAGGAUCAUUUGAAGGUGUUGAAUUCUUCAUAUUCCCAUCCACACAGCUUCCAGAGAACUCACAGCGCUGGAACAUGUUAUAUUUCUUGUGGGGAGUGUUCAGGGGAAGGAGAUCUGAUUGUUCAGAUUCAUUCAAGAAGUUAGUUAUGCCCAGUUUGAAUGGGGUGCCUAGGGACAAAGACAUUCCCGCUGCAGUCAUGACUUCAUCUGAGAAUAUCUUUGUGCCUGAAUGUAUAGUUAAAAAUACAUCUGCAUGUGACAGUCCAUGUUCUUCUGAUGUGCAUCUUGCAGCAAAUGCUCCUGAGAAACCAAGUGUUUCCUUAAAUGGGAACUCUGAUGACAAAGUAUUUAAUUCACAAACCAACCUAGAGAAGCAAGAUGGUAAAGUUGACUCCAGAUCGUUGACAAACAUUCGAGGAAGCAGUAACCCAUGGUGCCCAGAAGCUAGAUGCAGCAGUCCUUGCCUGGAAGAAGUUGGUCCUCCUAGGUGCAGUCUGGAUGUGGACCCGAAGCCCUGUACUGAGGUAACUCGGACUAAUUCUGUCUCUGAUGUGAAGGAGAUACAAAUUCAUGAAGGUGGUUCAUGUCUUGGAGAAGAUAUGCCAUCCUUCAAGAUUUUUGGUGUUGGUAGUCAAAAUUCAGGCUGCAGGAGGAUUUUUGGUGAGGAUACAAUAGUUGAUAGAACAUUCAGUGACAAAGAUAAUAUUAUAGUUGAAAGGGACUUGAAUGACGAUAACGUGAACAUGGAUGUGGAGACUUUCUCAGGGAAAGGUCCAAGGAAACGACCAUUUUUGUAUUUGUCAGAUAGUGCACCACUGAUUUCGAGUAGCAUGACUCCGUGGAACAAGGCAGAUAAUAAUAAUACGUUGGUGGAUGGAGAGAGCAUCAGUAAGAAGCUGAAGACGGGUUUUAGUGGGCGAUAUGGGGGUAGUGGUUCAAGAGAUGAAAAUUCUUUGAGCGGUAGUUUUACUUCACAGACAUGUGAUUUGGGUUCCAGCUCCUCCGUUGAGGAGAGGAGCUAUGACAAAGCAUCUGCUGAAAAGGUUAUCUUGGAGGGCCUGGGAACUAGUGAAAGGUACUUCUUUCCCGUUGAUUCACAUCAUGUCAAGGAUAGUCGGUUCCCUGCUAUCUCCAUGCCCUGGAACUCAUCAAAUGAUGAGGAUCCAGUUAUUGAUGGGAUUCCAAAUCUUGAGCUUGCCUUGGGAGCUGAGACGAAAUCCCCAAACAAGGGAAUCCUGCCUUUCUUUGGAAUGGCUGAAAAAAAUCGUAUCCAGAACAAGCCUCCAGACAAGGUAAUGAACAAGGAAGAAGAUGAUGGUGUCUCUGCUUCACUUUCCCUCUCCCUCUCAUUCCCAUUCCCAGACAAGGAACAGACUGUAAAACCCGUUUCAAAAACUGAGCAACUUGUGCCUGAAAGGUGUCAUGUGAAUACUUCACUGCUCCUCUUUAGGGGCCUUUCAGAUAAAUAGGGCUAUGGUGACUCUCACUGUGUACACAUUGUGCCCCACAUGGACGUGGUAAAUGUGCCUCAUACAUAAUGAUGGUCUUCCAUGGGCUUCAUAGGAAAAUCAAUUUCCAUCUGUUCAUAGACCCACAGGAUUUACUAAUAAUUUUUCCCCUUUUCAACUUUUCUGAGCUCUUUGUUUAUGAGUGCCAAUGUCACGGCUGUUUGUAUAUAAAGAGAUUUUAAGCCGGCACAGUCUUGAAAUGCCAUUAGAUAUUUGCAACCUCUGAUUCUUCUUCGACCA